AUGUUUUUCAUUUCUAGAUCCACCGAUUGGAGCUGUAAAACAUGCGGCAGUCACAAUGCCGACGCACUUCUCGAGCUCAAUCCUGAGGCAUCCCACACCCCAGACGCCAUCGAUGCCGAGUUUAUAGCCCAAAUAGCAUUCAAGUCUGAAGCUGAGAAGAAAGUAGACAUGGAGAAGCAAGGGAAAGCCGCGGCGUGCAGCAACGAUACAAAAGAGGCGCCGACACAGACCGAUACAGCCACGCAAGUGAACACACAAGAAACACUCACGCGUCGGUCGGAGAGUGCAGACACACCACAGGCGCCGCCGCCGGCGAGUGUGGGGAGUGCGAGCGUGGCACCCGUUCUCACACAGAGGAAUACGAACGCUGAGCGAAUCGCGCAAGCACAGAGCGAAGCACCGCAGCCACAGCCACAGACACUUUCGCCCAGAAGGCCGACAUACUGGGGUGAGAUAUUCCUGACUAUUCUGAUAUGGGGCGUGGGCAUUGAACUCCUAACAAUGAUUCUAAUUAAGUUUGCCGUCUAAGUUCGCGCGGUCGGUGAUGUAGACUGAUAUCGUGCAUAUUAAAACGACUGACGCUUCGAUUCUUCGCGCACAACCACCCGAAUUUUACUGGAGCAAAACAUCUAUGAAGACAUGACGAAGCAUGUAAUAAAAACCCUAACCUGCCAUACACGGCUGUCACUCGCCUUGAAGGCCUUGACAAUAGGUCGGCUUUAAGCAUAGGUUAUUGAGCGCGAGUCCGCUCUUUGACUUCUGUGUAUGCUUAAAAAUCGAUUGCACUGGCGUUGGGGGCGUGGCUCCUAAUCCACGAGUCGUGAAGUGGAUAUACCGAUGUGUUAUGAUUUUUAUCCGGGCGAAACGGCAAGUUUUAAUAAAUUAUUUUUUUCGGUCGUACAUAGCGCACAUUUGCCUGCGAUUUGGUCCAAUAUUGG